AUGACUCUUGCUGUUAUGAUCGACGAAAAUAGGUUCAAUAUCGGCACACCCAAGACUAGUGGUGGGGUAAUUCGAUCCAACAACAGCGGAUCUAGUCGAUCAGGUGGCGUUUCUAGCAGUUCGUCUUCACCCAGCGUAGGCAGCAAGGGUACCACCCCGACUAGUACUAACUCGACAUGCCUUACUGGCCAUCGUUGUCCUGGUAAGACUCUUCAGGUGCUAAUUAUCGAUGAACAGGAAGAGGAUAAUGAAGUGGGAGACGGGUUGGAACACGCACACCUCGAUGAAAUCGAGGUUGUUGGUCAAUUAGGAAUGACAGUUUCGGGAACAGGUGCAGUCCGGGUACGGCUUGGGAACGGGGGAUCGGAUAUUAUUCUUGGGAACUCUUGGCUUCAGACACUAGGCGAUAUGACAGUCAAUUGGCGAGAAUUAUGGAUGAAGUUCUGGGAUGGUAGUCGUCAAAUCACCAUUACAGGUGAUCCGAGCCUAACAAGAACGUUGGUAUCUUACAAGUCCAUGCUUAAGCUAUGUCACAAUGAAGACACGGGAUUUUUAGUUCACAUGAAUUCAACAGAAAUUUCGUCGCCAAACCCGCUUCCCCCACCGACCAUUCAAGAGGUUAUUAAGAAAUUUGAAAUGGUUUUUCGUAUGCCAGUCGGUUUACCCCCCCCCCCCCCUCAUCGCAGCCAUGAGUACGUCAUCACCCUUCACGAGGGGACCGCUCCAAUUAGCGUUCCCCCUACCGCUAUCCCCAUGCACAAAAGGAUGAGAUCGAGAAGCUAG